AUGGCAGACCCAACUUCGUGUAAGUUAAGCAUAGAAAAAAGGUAUGAUCAUUUGAAAUCAUUUUCAAAUAACAUCGCAGGUUUAAUUCAGGAAUUAAAAGACUUAAUAAAAGUUCAUGAAAUUUUAAUUUAUAAAGAAAAAUUAAAAACUACGGAAAAAGGAAAAAUCGAAAAGCAGCAAGAUGACCUUAUGGCACUAAAACAAGAACUGGAAAUAAUAAAAAAAGAUAAUGACAAAAUGGGUGGACAACUAAAAUACUACAAAAGAAUUGAUGAUUCUAUUAAUACUCAGAUAAAUAAAGUAUCGGAAAAUAUACAAAAAGUGAAAUUCAAUAUAAAUUUGGAAGUGAGAAAGAAAAUAGAAAUGAAAAAAAAUAUUAAUGAAAUUAAAAAUAAAUACUGCAAAUCUUUAAAGCAGAAACAAAUUUUGGAUGAAAAUUUUUUGCUACUAACUAAAAACAACAAACAAAAUAAACAAGUAACUAGAGGAAUAAAUAAACAAACAAGAGAUCGUCUAAGUAAGGAAGCAAAUAAUGAAGCAAACAAUGAAGCAAACAAUGAAGCAAAUAAUGAAGCAAACAAUGAAGCAAACAAUAAAGCAAAUAAUGAAGCAAAUAAUGAAGCAUACAAAGAAGCAUACAAAGAAGCGUACAAAGAAGCGUACAAAGAAGCGAAUCACGAAGCAGACAGCAAAGCGUAUAACAAAUUAGACAACGAAGCAAAAUGCGAACAAAAUGUCGAAGCGAACAACGAAAUUAACAAUUUGUGCAAAGAAUUAGACGUUAAUAUGUGA